AUGCUAAGGACAAAUGGUAAGAUUCUCAAUGGCAAAACUCCCAGUAACGUGGUAGCAAAGUCCUCGGGGGUAAAGAAAAAGAUUGUUAAGAUAAAGUCGUCCUCUGCUCCGAAGCCUGUGGAAUCUGCACUGACGGGGAACUACGGACGUGUCUUGUUUCAAAUGGCGAUAUGUAUCGCAGGCAUUUAUGUAUGUUUUGGUUUUUGGUCCAUCAAGCAGGAGCGCAUUAUGACAAAACCGUACGACGCCGUUGUGGUUGUGGGAGGUAAUACCACUGUGGUGUCGACGAAGUUGUCGACUGUGUUUGUCCUUGGGUUGGUGCAGGUGGUAAUGGCAGUGGUGGUAAGUUGUGUACUUCUGCUGGCUGAGAGACUAUAUGCUGGGAAAAGUCAGAAGGCGGAAAAGGAAGAGACACAGAAGCCUAAACUGGAGAAGAAAAAAAAAGGAACCGUGAAACCAAAGAAUGGAGAAAUGGUGAACAGAAGGGAAGACAAGAAGGUGGUUGUCGGACGUACGGCGAGCAAUAAACCAAAGAGGAAAACGGAGGAGGACAACACCGCUCUCUCGACAGGGGCAGAUAAGGAGUUGGAAGCCAAUAAAGCGUUUCGCAACGCGGUACUUAUUGGGUUCACCAACGGCUUUGCGUCCAUGUUGGGCUUCGCGGCGAUGCGACGGUUGCCCUACCCUGUGGUCCUCGCAACCAAAAUGUCGAAAAUGGUUCCAGUGAUACUCGUUGGUUUCUUUUGGCACGGCACACGAUACUCGCUGAGCAAGUGCCUUGCCUGUGCCCUCAUAACAGGCGGCAGUUUUUGUUUUUACAUGCUAGGAGAAGCUGGUGACGAGAGUCAAGCGCUAAAGAGUAAGACACGCAACAGAAGCGAAGUUGUGAGCUUGUUUGGCUUCGUGUUACUGUUUGUCAACCUGUUGGCUGAUGGUUUCACAAACUCUACACAGGAUAAACUGGUAAAGGUGCACGGCUGGACAAGUAAUAAACUCAUGUUUGUUACGAAUCUUUCCACAGCUCUGUGGAUUGGCGCCGUCCUGCUGCUCAUGGAGUGCCUUCAGCCAUUUGCCACCGCGUACCUCAGCAUUAGUGAGCCCGUCACAUUCUCCCCUUCUUUUGCGGCGUUUCACCCGUUGCUUCAUCGGCUCGACGAAUCGUUCAGAUGGUUUCUGAGAGAUGUAGCACCCUUCAAUGACUUUUCGAAAACCAUGGACUUCUUCAAUCGGCACCCCGAGGCCUUGUACGAUGUCACUGUAAUGAGCGUACUGAACGCAGUGGGACAGAUGUUUAUCUUCCGCACUAUUUCAUUGUUUGGGAGCCUCACCCUGACGGCGCUGACGCUGCUUCGUAAAUCCUCAAGCGUUGUGCUGUCUAUUAUUGUCCACGGUCACAGUGUGACGCUGGAGCAGUGGUUUUCACUGGCUGUUGUGUUUGCUGGGGCCGUAUGGGAAGGGCUUAUUCACGCCCGCAAGGAGCCUGUAAGUAGUAAGUGA